UACAGGCCAAUCACAGGGCCGCCCGGUUACCGGCUGUUGCUGCCUUGGGUUUGGGCGGUCUCGCGGCUGACAUCGCAUCUCUCGCUCUCCCCUCUCACUGCCAAUUCUCCCCUCCCAUCUGGCGCCACUGCUCUCCACGCACCUUGUGCAUUUUCAUCCUCACCGUGCGGAUACCGUGCGCAUUUCCUGAUACCUACCCUUCUCCAGGGAAAGGUUCUACAUUUCUCCGCCACCGACGCCGUACGAUCGGAAUCUUGACUUUCCUUUCCCAUACUACGGAAACUUGCCAUUCUAUUCCCCGCUCAGUCUCCUCGACCCUUUGCCUAGAAACUCUCAAGGCGUCUGUGGCUCAACUUGACUCACGGCUUCUUCAAUUUGCUCAAGCAGCUCACCUUUCUUUUCAUUUUGCGUUACGACUUUAGUUUCCAUUCACUACAAGGAUAUUCCGAAUCUCCCUUAGAAGCCCUCCGCCCGGCUAAUAGACGGGUAUCAGCUUUGGCUAGCUGUACCUCUGACGACCACGAGUCCGGACGGUUUAAAAACGAUACUACAGGCGGUUAACCCAUUGAUCGCUCUGUAACACCGACGUUCUUUAGCGGGUUCUAGAGUUGUGUGGAGAUCAGCCCUACGUUCCAGUUAUAGGGGCGGGAAGCCCAUUGCCUAUCUGUCAAGAGCUCACGAAUGUGGUGAUAUUGGAGGAAUUGGAGUCUUCACAAUUUAUUGAUUCUUUCUAACGUGUCGUUACGAUCGCCGAUUUCCUCGGUCUUCCACGAAAGCAUCGACCUUCAAUCGCUCUCUACGAUAUAUGAUAGCGGGGCAACAAUCGCCGACCAAAAUCCCUUUUUUCAGCCCAAUCUCUACUUAUCCCCUGAGCAGCAGGAUCUUCUCCUCACUGCCCUUUCUUCGAACCAUCCAUCACGAAACCAGGACAAAACUCCACCCCUAUCCAAGGCCGAAUCGGGCCACGCUUCCAGCUUUAUGACUUCUCCUACGGGUGUUAUGAACCCGUCUCAUGAAGGCACGACUCCUUUUGGCUUUGCUGAUGAUGAUGGGUCUUUCUUGGAUUUCAACGCCGAUGCUGAUUUUGACUUUCGGGACGCGGAGAACUUUUUUGGAGAUAUUCCUGGGAGUGUGGCUCCUGAAGCGAACUCGGAGGAGCCGGAGAUCGCAGAAAACUCGCCGGAAUCUCGAGAGAAGAGAAAGGACUUGGUUGAUGGCAAGUCGGAGGAUAAUAGCGAAGAGACGGGCAAGAAGCGAAAGGAAAGUGAUGACAAGGGCGCCAGAAAGCCAGGUAGAAAGCCCCUGACCUCGGAGCCGACCUCGAAGCGCAAAGCGCAGAAUCGUGCGGCGCAGCGAGCAUUCCGUGAACGCAAGGAGAAGCAUUUGAAGGACCUGGAGACAAAGGUGGAGGAACUCCAGAAGGCUUCUGAUGCAGCAAAUCAAGAGAAUGGCUUGCUACGGGCUCAAAUAGAUCGUCUACGGGUUGAACUCAGGGAAUACCGUAAACGUCUCUCUUGGAUGGCUAGCGGAAGUGGCCUUUCCGCGAUGAGUACCAUUCCGAGUGCCCACUCAAAAGGCAUGUAUGGCCUGAACAAUAGCGAAUUUCUCUUCGAUUUCCCUAAAUUCGGGGGCCUGCCAGGCGCACAACCCCUCAGCAAUGGCCAGGCGAUCCAGACUAAUUCGACUUUGGGCCUUGGAGCAGCGGGUCGUGAUGGCAAGAACCAGGUACCUGGUAUCCUCGGCCUAGACGGUCUUGGAAGCUCUGCUGCCCAAAGGCAAACCGCGUUGAGCCACAGCCCCAACAGCAUCGGUCCCUCAUCGUACCAUAGAGAUGCGACCGCCAUUUCUUCGAGUUCUACCAGCACGGCAAAGGGUUAUAGGCCAUCGAAUAACCUAACUGCUGGAACCAACCCGGUCUGCUCCAAGACACAACCUUCGAAACCAUCCACCAAGGAUACACCCAACUCCGAUUCCCCAUCUUCGUGUUCCGAUUCCCACCAGAGCCAGGUGCUCUCGUCAAGUAGAACGUCCCCAGAACCAGACCUUAACUCUUCAUCCGUUAGCAAGUCACAUGAUGCCAGCAUUGGACACAGUUGUGGUCUGAUCGACGGAGAAAAGUCAUUCUGCGAACAGCUUGGCUUAGCGUGCGGCAAUGUUAAUAACCCAAUUCCACCGAUACGAAGACGGUCCAGCACCAACUCUCAUGCAGCAAGUCAACCUCCAAGCGCAACGGAGCCACCGCUUGGACUUGAUUGGUUUGCUCAGCAGAAUGGGGGACAAUUUGAUCCAGUACUCUUUGGCGAUUGGCGAGAGCCACAGGAUGCUGUCCUGUCGCAGGACUUCGGCGACUUCUUCAACGAUGCCUUCAAUAUCCCGGAACUAGACAAUGAACCAGACCAUCAGCAACCACCCAAGCAUGAUCUUAUCGCGAAGAUUGACAAGAAAAUGGAUGAGGAUGAAGAAGUUGUCCCUGGGGAAGAUAAGUCACAGUUGUGGACAUGCACAAAGAUAUGGUAUGGCUCUAGAGACAUGCACAACUCGCUUUUACUUCGGGCCAGAGAUGCUAAUUUACUCCCAGGGACCGUCUACAAUCUAUGGAAAAGUUCCGCAACGGCGAGAUCGAUGUCGACUUGCUUUGCUCAGAGCUGCGUACCAAAGCGCAGUGUUCUGAGGGCGGCGUUGUCGUUAACCAAAAGGACGUGGACUCCAUUAUGGGUCGCGUUGGUGCUUGCGACAAAAGUAAAAAUUGAAAUAGGGGCUUUUCAAAAUGUCAAGUUUGGAAUAUUACAUGCCAUCAUACAUUCCAUAAUGGGAAAAGCACAAAAAGGGAAAACUGUUCUGUUCAUCAAACUGUAUGAUCUAAGAUACUACCACUGAUUGUCAUGGUUAUUGAGUCACUUAUUUUCUCUUGCUUUUUCUUUCCCCGCUUUUCUUCUCCAUUUCAUUAUUGUCAUCUCCAUAAUUCCCCCACUCAUUCCGUUAUAUUUCAUCAGCUCGGUCCAUGCUUCUGGCUUAUCAGCUCUUGGCGGUUCCAUUCCCCUAUUCAAUGAUCUUCGGAGUACACAGGUUUAGCAGGCGUUGAUGCCGUACAGGCUAGGGCUAGGCUAUUACAGACUCAGGAGUAUUAGGUAUUGUAUCUAUCUAUCCAUUUUGUCUAUCCGUCCUUCAGGGAUAGAGGUAGUUGUUUUUGGAUGAAGGAAAAACAUCUGGGAGUUUACUACGAACAUGGUGUAUUGGGAUUGAAUCAGGAGGAACAAUUUGAUUAUCGGAUUUUUUCUACCAUCAGCUGUGGACUUGUAGUGUAGUUUUGAUAUUGCCAGAACCAAGAUUCAUGAUAUAUAAGUGAAUGGGACGGCUGGGAUGGAAUUUUUCUCAAUUAUCACCUACAUAUUAAUAUUU